AUGCCAACCAACGAUCUCAUAUCUUCGGCGGAGGCCCAGCAGCUUGUCCAACGGAUCGCACGUGGUUAUGGAUGGAUCAGUCAGAGAGCGCGUGAUGCGAGCGAUCAGGAAGCUCUUGAAGCGAUAGAUAUGCUCCAAGAAAGCCUUGGGAUUGCAGUCAGAACACUAGCAACGAACCUCUACAAGAGCCAAGCUCGAUUCGUUUUUGAAUUGAUCCAAAAUGCCGAAGACAAUGAUUAUAGGAGAGCUAUCUCCAGCGGUGCUGAGCCCUAUAUCAAGUUUACGGUAUAUCGCAACAAGAUAGUUAUCGAUUCCAAUGAAGAUGGAUUUACCACCGAAAAUGUUGUAGCAAUAUGCAAGGUCGGACAGAGCACUAAGAAAAGAGCUGGCGCGCAGCAGUAUAUUGGCGAAAAAGGCAUCGGAUUCAAAUCCGUCUUUAUGGUCGCAUCAAAAGUUCAUAUCCAAUCAGGCCCCUUUUCCUUCUUCUUCGAGCAUCCACCGGGAGCGCGGGGGAUGGGCUUGGUAACUCCAGUGUGGGAACCUGCCGAGGUAGCUUUGCCAAAUCCUUUGACCCGUAUGACAUUAACCCUCCUCGAUACAUUGGACUAUCCGGAACUACUUUCGCAAUUCGAUACUCUCCCUGACACUUUUCUCCUCUUUUUGAACAAGCUUGGGACAAUUACGAUUGACAAAAUCGACUUCGCUGGAAAGAGUGCAGAGUCUACCACAUUCUCCUGCACUCUAGACGAAUCCUCCAGACAGGCAACUUUAAGCAAGGUCCACCGUAAAGGUUCCGAGCAUCCACAGGCGUCUUUGAAGCACUACCACAUUACGCGGAAACUACUGAAGGAUCUACCACUGGAUGAACAGCGAGACUGUGAUACUGCAGAAGUAGUGCUUGCGUUCCCCCUCGAUGGCGAAUCCGAACCCAUUAUUGGUCCCCAGAAGUUUCUUAUUCAAUCCGACUUCGUUACACAGGCCAGUCGGCAGGAUGUGAUGGAAAGCCACCGAAACAAAGACAUCCUCGACGGCAUAGCUGAAGCAUUUCUGGACGCUGUGUGUCAAUUUUGCAAUCACCCUACCCUUCAGUAUAAGUGGCCGCGAUAUAUCCCAGGGAAGAUUUCCAACACUUUCUGGGAGCGCCUGAAAGACAAGAUCCACGAGCUCCUCAAGGGGCGUGCAGUCUUACGUGGACACAGCCAUGGCCCUCUUCGGCCCAUCAGUCAGUUGAAGCAAAUCGGGGAGGACUUUACAGAUGAAUUCGGUAAUGCUCUUGUUCCUGAUUUGGACGAGGAAAUGUAUCUUGCAUCAGAAUACCAACAGGAAGAUAUAGCGGCUCUCGUCAGCCUGGGCCUAGGUGUGCUUGGCUUUGGUUCUGUAAUGGAACGUUUCCGACACGAUUUGGAACAGCCAAGUUCCGGGUCCAGGUUCAAAUCACCAGAAACAAAUGAGGACUGGCACACGAGGACCGCGAAACUUUUGCUGCGACCUUUUGAGGAGAAAUGGAAAACUAAGGGACCGGAUUGGGUCCGAGGACUAGCAUGUAUCCCACUGCAAAAUGGGAAGUGGACAGCAAUCACCGAGGGCGCUGUAUUCUUCCCUCACACUGAUGGGAUAAUAAUCCCAAGCUAUCUUGGAUUAAGAAUUGUCGAUGAAAAAGCUACCACGAACCCGACGAGGAAAAAGCUUUUGUCACCAUUGAAAGAAAGCUCUUCCAUCGACUUCGAAACAUCUUUGAAAGAUCUCCAUUUUCUUUACUCGACCUGUCCUCCUGGAACAGCAGUUAAGCUCCGCGAAUCAACUUCUCUAUGGGUAUUUAACCAUCGGGAUCAUCGAAUUCACGAUGAGGAAGACUUGUAUUUUCAAAGUGAUGAGGAAUAUGGUCUCCAAGAGCUGAUGGGAUCGGUCCUGGAGAUAAAGCCAUACAACAGUGGCAUUGUCGGCUCUUUCAUCCGUCCCGAUUAUUGCAAGCGAAUUGAGCUUCUUCCGGUAAAACGUGGUGGAUCCCACCUCCCAUUCAAGGCCUGGUUACAAGAAUCCGUUGGUAUAUUAAACCAUCCACGGCUUGUGGAUUCCAAAGAUCCUACGCAACUGUCACCAAUUUUCCGGUACAUUAUUGAAGCACGUCCGGAGAAGUUGUUGGGAACAUUGAAGGCACAUUGGGCUUCCUACGCGACGGUGAUGAGUACUGGCUUGGCAUCGAAAAUCUCUGACACUCUGGUUCCUGGCACAAACAUUGGCUCAAUUGCGUUAAAAGAGACUUUCAUUCCAUCGGAGACGCUUACAGUCAGAUGUGGCGAGUUUCUCGACACACAGAAAUUCCCUUUCUUGAAACUGGAAAAUGAACCGAAUAUCGAAGGAUGGAAAUUUUUGAGUGCGUUUCACGUUGGCAUCGAGGGUGGCCUUGAUUUCUGGUUGCAGAUACUGUAUUACUGCAAGUUAUCGAACGGUCCAUUUCGAUAUGAAUUAUACGAAGUCAUUCAGCGGGAGAUCUGGGUCUCGAGCACUUCGAAUGAGGAUAUAAAAAGAGUCAGGUCAUACUUUAGGGAUUUUAUAUGGGAUAACGACCUCGUACUAGCACUGUCCUGUCCGAAAAUGCUGCCCACUUGGACUUAUUCGGGACGUUGCCGUUGGGAUGGACCGGACUACAUGACAAAAUUAUGGGCUUUACUCCCUUCCUUGUCACAUCUUAACACUCCCAUACUUACAGUUUUCUUUCAAAACACUCUCGAUAUUGAAGACGUUUCUUGGGUCGAUUUGGUUUCCGAGCUCGGAGCGAUGAAAGCAGAAAAUAAACCAGACACAAUAGCUGUUCAAGAUAUCUACCUUCGCCUCCAGAGAAUGUCAGCGGAUCUGGGGUCAGAAGAAUUGGAAGCGAUCUUGGCUUCUUUCGAAAAAGAUGCGCUGAUCUACGAUAUGCUGGGUCAAGACUGGGCUGCUCCAUCAACGUGCCUGUGGUCAAAAGACGCUCAAGUGCCAGGCAGGAGUACUAUCAGUGGGCAGUAUAAAGAUUUGAAGGACUUGUUUGUAGGAGUGCUUAAGGUCAAAAUCCCCGAUUUGCGUUUGCUUGUUGAAGAACUCAAACGAGUCGCACAAUCCUCACCAUCCACCAAUGAUAUCAAGAGUCUUAUUUGGCAAAUCAAUACGUUUGCUCCGACCACAGAGGACUUGGCCAGGUUGCGCGGGUCUAAAAUAUUCCCUGUAAGGAAGACAAACGGGAGCAUUGAGCUGUGGACAAGGCUGGCGAGGUUCUCGAUUAUUGACCGUCAACUCUGGGCUGAUGCAUUUGAUGGGAAGUUAGACUUUCUCGAUUUUACUCUCAAAGAAAUCCGGGCUCUGGAGCCAUUUUUGUCGGGGUAUGGAGGCAUUCUUCCAGAGCCAAGCGCCAAGAGGACUAGACAUCUGCGACGACGUGCUUAUGCGCUCUCCCGCUGUGCGACACACUUCGGCAGCCCUAAGACCAAGAACGACAGCCAAACUCUCUACCAAUUGCUUCUUAAAACAAAAGUUUAUGAAACGGAUGGUAUAAUUGGAAGUCUUCAGUAUACCCUUCUUGGUGAAACCGUUAUCGUCGAAGUCAGCAAAACAAAGCUUCACGUUGAAGAAGGACCGGAGGGUUUGAACAUAUAUGUUCCAAAAGAUUCAAAGGAUCAAGAGAUCUGUUAUCUUCGGCUACUUCCCACGAAGCUAUUCAACGAGACCAUGAUGGGGGAAGUCGACAGCAAUUCUACAUUGGCGUUUGAUUCAAGAGCUGUUUCGAUCAUUACCGCAAUCUUCGCGUCUAGCGACGAGGUCGUCAACUUGGUACUAGAGGAGGCUGGUAUUAUCCCAGUACCAUAUCCUGAUCAAUAUGAAGAAGUGCUCCAGCAACCGCCUCCGGACGACGUCUGGCUUAGUCCAGGUAUUGAUCAACAGCAUAACGCGGAAAGCGAAAACGCAUCGGUUGGAUCAGGAACGCAGGCAGGAAUUACAACUCCUGGAACUAGUGCCUCACCCGCUCGAAGCACCAACUUCUCUAUCCCUGCGACUUCUACGCACCAAGCAACUUAUCAUUCAAGUGUUCCAUCACAACCAAUUCAGCUCUUUGACAGUCCCCCAAGAACAAGCCCCGAGCCGGCCUUUCCAGAGAAUGCACGGCGCCCAUUUACGCCUGGGGGUAACCAAGUGGAGUAUCGACGACUACUCAACAAUAUCAUCACUGCAGCAAGGAAUAAAAGAGGAGCGUUUCCAUCCCAGGGAGCUUUCAAUCUCGGCGAACUCUUGAACGCUCUUCCGGUAGAGGCGACAAGAGAAGUGGACAAUUACGAUCUACCUUUCGGAGUCCGGAAUGAGAACCAACUUGCUCAUGAUAUGAAAGUUGGAGCUGCUGGAGAGCUUUACAUGUGUACAAAAACCACAGAGUUUAGGCAGAGUUCUGACAUGUAUAGGCAUUUGAAAUUCUCUCCCGCCUCGAGACUUCUCUCCCUGGAUUCUGUCGCGAUAACUGGCAGAGCAGAAUCCGCAACUUCUAAUCGCGAAUGGUUACCUGGAUACGUCUAUUUGGGCUCGUGCGAAGCCAAAAUGCAAGAUAUGAGACUGGGUGUUCAAGCAUCAGCUGAAGUCUAUAUAAUCCUUCGCGUUUUCAAUCUCAACAAGGAUAAAAUUGAUAUGCGACUUUAUGUUGAUCCGGCUGGAAUGGAGGAUAGAGGUGAGCUCUUAUUCACAUCGGAGUCUUACUCUGUGGUGCCUCCGACUGGUGACGGACAUUGAUUUGAAGAGUGCUGAGAGGCACUAUGCUUGCUCUUAUACAGAGAGACUAUCGUUAUGUCAAGCUCACGAAAUGAACGGAGAUGAUCAGGCGGGGUCAGGGGAUCUAUGUAAAACCAACUUAUACCGUGG